AGCAACCAAUUCGCGCGCAGUCGAGUAAAAAGGUGUACAGUAGGAAUUUGACCAUCACUUUUCUCGGCUGUUUGAUAAAGGUGGUCACCACCCUAGCGUAAAUUUGUCUGGUUUUAACACUCCCUUCCACGCUCUUCUGAUGGCCAUGGCUUAAUCUCAUUGGUUUAGAGAUGGGACAUGUUCAGAGGGGCUAUUUUGGGGCGGUUCGUUGCACGCGUUCUUAUGGUCGCACAGUGCUUAUUGUUUGGAGUAUGCAUACAUGAGGAAUACAGGUGCCACCUGCAUCCCUGUCUUCCUGCCCCUGACGGUGCCACCUGCAUCCCUAUCUUCCUGCCCCUGACGGUGCCACCUGCAUCCCUGUCUUCCUGCCCCUGAAGGUGCCACCUGCAUCCCUGUCUUCCUGCCCCUGAAGGUGCCACCUGCAUCCCUGUCUUCCUGCCCCUGAAGGUGCCACCUGCAUCCCUGUCUUCCUGCCCCUGAAGGUGCCACCUGCAUCCCUGUCUUCCUGCCCCUGAAGGUGCCACCUGCAUCCCUGUCUUCCUGCCCCUGAAGGUGCCACCUGCAUCCCUGUCCUCCUGCCCCUGACGGUGCCACCUGCAUCCCUGUCUUCCUGCCCCUGAAGGUGCCACCUGCAUCCCUGUCUUCCUGCCCCUGAAGGUGCCACCUGCAUCCCUGUCCUCCUGCCCCUGAAGGUGCCACCUGCAUCCCUGUCUUCCUGCCCCUGAAGGUGCCACCUGCAUCCCUGUCUUCCUGCCCCUGAAGGUGCCACCUGCAUCCCUGUCUUCCUGCCCCUGAAGGUGCCACCUGCAUCCCUGUCUUCCUGCCCCUGAAGGUGCCACCUGCAUCCCUGUCUUCCUGCCCCUGAAGGUGCCACCUGCAUCCCUGUCUUCCUGCCCCUGACGGUGCCACCUGCAUCCCUGUCUUCCUGCCCCUGACGGUGCCACCUACAUCCCUGUCUUCCUGCCCCUGAAGGUGCCACCUGCAUCCCUGUCUUCCUGCCCCUGACGGUGCUUUACCUGCUGUGUGUUUUGCUCCCCUGCGGCCAGCGUGCUCCAGUGGCCCCCUGUCCUUCCCUCCACCGCCCAGCUAUGGGACCCCUUGCUGUCUGAGGGUAUGGUGCUGAAAGAUGGAUCGAGACUCACGUACCCUAUAAACGGUAUUUUAGGGUUGGAAAAGAGUAACGGAUAGCAAAGUACAAUACGGCGAACUGAGUAAAAGAAGGAAUUUGAGCUCUGUUUCUAUCGUUCUAUCUUCCUCUACAGGUUUUCAUUGCCUUGUGCAUCACAGCUGUGCUGUUGACAUUGCCACUAUGGCUAGGGAUGCCCCUGGGGUAUCUCUUUGAGCUGUUGUUGCCCCUGGCAGUGUGUGCUAUUGGGGUGUCAUUCCUCCUCUCCCCCUACCUCUACAUAUGCUCCUUCUGGGCCCCUCACCAUGCCCUCGCCCAGGGGGGGGAACACAGGAAACCCUCUGUAUGACUUAUUUAUGGGACGAGAGCUGAACCCGCGGAUUGGGAGCUUCGAUCUGAAAUACUUUUGUGAGCUGAGACCAGGUCUGAUUGGCUGGGUGGUGAUUAACCUUGGGAUGCUGAUGAAAGAGGUGGAGCUACGGGACCCUGCCUCCCUGGCCAUGAUACUGGUCAACAGCUUCCAGCUGCUCUACCUGGCGGAUGCUCUGUGGAAUGAGGUGUUGGGUAUUAUAUCUUCAGAAAAUCCAACUCCCAGAAGAACCAAUUCAGACCCUAUGCAUCCCAGUGUGGCAUACCUGGAGACUAUUGCCACAGCAACGGGGAAGCGCCUUUUGGUGUCAGGCUGGUGGUGCCUCGUCCGCCACCCUAACUACUUAGGAGACCUUCUCAUGGCCCUGGCAUGGUCCCUGCCGUGUGGAUUCAACCAUUUUCUACCUUCUAUGUUGUGUACUUCACUGUCCUGCUAAUACACGAGAGGCCCGUGAUGAGAGGCACUGCAGGGCCAAGUAUGGCCUGGCCUAGGACGCCUACUGCAGAUGUGUGCCCAACAGGAUAUUCCCCUAUGUCUACUGAGCUGAGCUGGGCCGGUCAGGGCAGAACCAGGGCCCAGGGACAUGCAAUAGGAUAGCCAGCUUUGUUGUAUAAAGUGAACGUUCUGUACCUCAACAGACUGGACGAAACAGAAACUAGUGAAAUGCUGUCUUUUUUUCUGUCAUAAAGAAUAUGUACUUUAAAAGUGAACACUGUGGAGAAAAUGACACUUCUAACUGGAUGAGUAGACAAGACAAGCUGACACACCAGCCCAGCAGCUUUAAGUUGUUCACAGUAGUGAUGUCUGUCCUGUGAGUCUCUAACACAAUCUUGACCAUCACCUUUUGUACUGAUCUAGCCAUACUUCCUCAAGAUUGGACACUAUUGGCCCGUUUCCCAGACUAAAAAACAUGCUCAAUAGAGAAUCUCCGCUGAAAGUGCUUUUUAGUCGAGAAGUAGGCUUAAUCUCUGUCCGGGCAACCAGACCAAAACUUAAUUUCAAAUUAAUAGAUUAGUCACAUUUCUGUAACUGAUGUAUAAAUAGCACUAAUCUGAAGUAUAUUCAAAUUAUCAUGACAAUUCAUGCAUGCUUUGAAAUUAAGGUAAUGUUGGACAAUUUCUUUUAGAAUGACAGUGUAGGCCUAUUUCUUUAAUAUUGAUAACUGAAAUGUAAGACUUAUUAGUUUACAUGACCUUUAUUGCAUAACUGAAUUGUAAUUAAAAAACAAAACAAUAAACA